AUGCCCCAAAAAUAUCCACCUGGAGGGCCUAUUGGAAUGUCUGGAGCCAUCGGGCCAUGCAAAGGUCGUCUCGAUGGGCUGUUUGCAGCUAUUCAAUCUGAAUUUGAUUUUCUUUUGAAAGAGAAUUCUCUUUUCCGUAAACAGCACGAGGAGAUGGCACAAAAUUCGACCAGCGAAAUGGCGUCCAUGCAAAAGAUUAUUGCUGAAAUGGAGCUUUUGCUAUUUAAGCUUCACAAAGGGUUUGAAUCUUUGCUUACGUGUGUAGUUUUGAAGAAGACAUUGCCAGAUGCAAAAAAGAACUGA